CCAAAUUGAGCUUUGUAUUUGUCUAGUCGUGCAUUCACCAAGGAACGCAACAACUCACAGACUACCUUCACAGCGCAAGUCGCAUGCUACCCGCGUUCAACAACAUUGAAGAACCUGGGUGUCGGAGACGGUCGGGGAUGUCGAGUAGAAACGAGAGCCAAAGUUGCACUGCCCGGCUGUUCCGGCUAAGACAAACGCUUAAGCAAGAACAAGCUUUCCCAGUCUUUUACUCCUAACAUGGCGGAGCAAGGCUGUAGGUUAACAAAAGGCGUUGGCGGCCUCCCUUCACGCCAAUCUUCUGCCAUCUUGACUCUCUUACCCUCAGAUCUUUUCAUUCGUCAUCACCCUUUUUCUUCAUCUUUUUAACGUAUCUUAGUUUCACAUUUUAGUAGGUCAAACAGACUGCAGACUAAACAGCCCGCUGAAAGUAAUGACACAUAUCUUCUAAUUAAACUUCUCCUUCACGAAGCUAUGCCACCUUCACUUCCUCCGAGUAGGGCAUCUACAUCGAGCUCAGCAUCCUCAAACCUAAGCAUACCAAACCAGCCCAUCGCCCGUGCAAGACCUCUCCAACCUCCCCGAAACAACACACGAAGAGAGAGGUUUCUCACGGACCUGAAAAGCCCCAUGGACCCAACAACCUACACUAUUCCAACAGAACAUAGGAACGACACAACAACCACCGUUCGCGAGUACCUCCGUUCCAAACAGAGGGCAAAGAUCUGUAGCACUAGCGUCUUGCGGUUUCUCCUCACUGUCGUCCUUUGCACGAUAUGUGCUGGAGUGCUCUGCGCAUUCGAGAGGAAAGAGAACCUGAAUACAGGCUACACGCAGCUCUUCAACGCACUUUUGACGGUAAUUCCACUACUUAUUGCGUUCAACUUUAGCAUCUCGCUCCAAAGCUAUAUGAAGAUCCUCCGCUGGUGGGUUCUUGCACAAUGGUAUUGGCCGCUGCCGCAGUUCGACGGGAUCAUGGAUGCUGCGUCUUUAGGAGGGAUUCCAAGGCUGAUAAAGUGCUCACGAAGGCAAAGAUGGGUGUGCGUCCCAACUAUGGUGAAUCUCAGUUGUGUUUUAUGGCUUUUGGUCCAUGUUAUUGGCGCCGUGAGCGUGGCCCUUCUCAGCCUGGCUUACAACACUGGCGAGAGUAACGGCAUUGUGACUCGAGGCGGAAAUGUCAGUGUCCUGAACUUGACGAGUAACUCUGUUCUCGACAAUGCGGGUAUGAGCAACAACUCGGUAUUCGACAACGCAUGGUACUACGGGACCUACAGCUCACGUCCGUCGAAGGAAUCAGUGUCCGCCAAGGCAACGUGUGAGCUCUACGAUGGUGUAACUUCGUCACUAGGAUACAAAGCGUAUAUGACUUGGGAAUCAAGACAGUAGAUUUCCGGAAGGUUGGUAUGAUUGAUCAGCUGCAGGUGCUCGAUGCAUGCUGUGUUUUUUGUUGUCAAGAGAGUUGGAAAGGUCUUUCGGUUUGUUCCAUAGAUUCCCUUGGCCUAUACUAUCAGACUGCGGCGACUGUUUGCUCGAGUAUCUCUCAUGAGGAACUUACACGAGGCGUUAUUUGGUUUCGUGAGAUAUAAGCAGUUGCUACACAGGAAAUCCUUAAAACCAAAUUAAGCAGUAAAUCGAAUAAUU